AUGGAGAGGAGGUGGAUAGAGUUAUUGAAGGACUAUGAUUGUAUUAUUGAUUACCACCUCGGGAAGGCGAAUGUAGUGGUAAAUGCUCUAAGCAGGAAGGCCAUAGCAGCUUUAAGAUCUUUGAAUGCUCGUUUGACUUUAGCACAAGAUGGAGUUAUUAUAGCUAAAUUGCAAGUGAAGCCUAGUUUGCUACAGCAAGUACAAGAGGCCCAGAAACAAGAUGAGAAGUUAGCAACCAUUCUAAAACAGAUUCAAGAGGGGAAGGAGAAUGAAUAUGAAAUCAAGGGAGAUAGUUAUUUAUAUUAUAAAGGAAGAAUAUGUAUACUUGAUGAUGACGGAAUUAAUAAGAGCAUUCUCAAGGAAGCACACAGCAAUAUUUUUGCUAUGCAUCCAGGGAGCACAAAGAUGUAUUAA